AUGGAUUGUCGAGAAUCCAUAGACUGUCAAGACUUCCUAGACCACUCAGAAUGUUCUGAAGAAAAAAAAUGUGCAUGUCGUCAUGGUCAUUAUGAGAUGAACGAUACGACGUGUGCGCCAGCAUUUAACGAAGCAUGCCAUUUUGGAGACAUAUGCGCAUCCGAAAACACUAUUUGCAUCGAUGAUAAAUGUCAAUGCAAACCUGGUUAUGUUUAUCGAGAAUCCAAAUGUCUGCCGAAAUUUUUGGGAAUGCCAUGUCAAACCGAGAGAGAUUGUGCGGGAAUUGAAUUUUCAACGUGUUCAGAUGAUAAUAUUUGUGUUUGUCAAUUGAAUUACGGGGUACUGGAUUUAUUAACUUGCUCACCACUUAUAGGGGGUGACUGUUCAGAAGACGAUGAUUGUGUCGUUCAGAAUUCUCAUUGUGUUCUUAAUAAAUGCCGGUGCAUAGAAAACCAUUUUGCUCAUUCAAAUGAUCUGUGUUCAUCGGGUAAGAACGCUAAUAAUGAAUGA